ACGUAUGCCUCAGUAUUCAAACAUGAACACGUUUCAUACUUCGCACGAGUCUCGUGUCCCAGUCGAACACCACAGAACACUUGAAGUUUGUCGUUCAGACUACCUUAAAACUUCACGUAUGCCUCAGUUUCAAACAUGAACACGUUUCAUACUUCGCAUGAGUCUCGUGUCCCAGCCGAACACCACAGAACACUUGAAGUUUGUCGUUUAGAAUACCUUAAAACCUCACGUAUGCCUCAGUGUUCGGUAUCCGGUCGUUUCGCCAACGUCUUGGGUCGAUUCGCCAACGUCCUGAGUCGCUUCGCCAACGUCCUACUGGUCAGUUCGCCAACGUCUAAAUAAAAGUUUACCUACACUUGUGUGUGUUGUCAUUUAUUUCAUUCCCUUACCUAGAGUUAUUUUCCAUGCAAGAGCACCUCAUUAUUUACGACGACAGUUCUCUGCUACGCUACCCCUCCCGCUAAGAUUGUUUUUUGUAUGAACACUAACGGGGGGAGGAAGCGUAACUGAUUUAUAACAAUCAAUACAGCUUGAAUGUUACUAAAACUACGAGUUAAAAGUCCUCUGUAAAAACCUAAACAUUCAGCAUUCAUUUAUCACGCGCGCGUGUGUAAUUAACCUUUCUUUUCCUGUUUGAAAAAAAAAUCAAAAGUUUCGCUAUUGUUUAGAAUAUGUGAAAAAGUCACAAGUCAAACUACAAUAGACACUAAUUAGCGUCGUCUAUGUGAUUUUUGUUUUUAGGCUUAUUAGAAUAUGAACGUUUCCUGUUAACCAAUCAGAACUGUGAAUUUUAUCACGCUUACCUUUCUGAUCCGAUACCAUAAGUAUAAAAGGCCCCCAAAAAUACUGGAUCUUCAUUCGAGCUUUAGAGCAACUGAAUUCAAUUCGAUCAACUCAACGUCAUGAAUAUCUGCAACGUGUGUAACUUCUCCGUUCGCCCGCGCCAGGAAUACCUCCAAUGUGAAGGCUGCUACCGAUGGCAACAUCGUAGCUGCGAUACUGGAAUAUCCCGAGCCCAGUACCGCGCCGCUGUACAGUCUGGAGAGGGAAUCGACUGGAGUUGCCAGAUGUGCAAGGAGACGAGUACCAGAAUGGAGGAAGACAUGGCCUCUUUGAUCAGUGACCCCUCAAUACCGUAUGCAAGCCUUCCUGAACCUGAGAGUUUUCAAGAGAGCGGGACGCCACUAUUCUCAGAUGAAAACACUUUCGGUACAAGAGCUUGGCCUUCAGACGGCUUACUCUCCUCGGACUUUGGUAUUCAACAGUCAAUUUUCACCGCGAAAAUUACCGUGAUGUAGCGCCCAUGAGCCGGCUUGUGAAACUAUCAAAAACAUCAUGCAAAUUGAUCUAAAGUCAGUCAAGCGAAACUGGCAGUGACUUAUCAUUUCUUGACCCAAGGAUCACCCAAGGAUCAGGAUUGCAUUCCAAACAUCAUUAAGCAGUUUUUUUUUUUUUCAUUAGUACUGGAUAUAUGACGAAUUGACCGGUAGGACGUUGGCGAAACGACUUAGAACGAGUUGUUGGCAAAACGACUCGUUGACGAAAAGACCGCAGUUCCAGUAUUCAAACAUGAACACGUUUCAUAAUUCGCAUGAGUCUCGUGUUCCACUCGCACGCUUCGGAACACUAGCGUGUUGUCUGACUAAACUACGCGGUAGCGUAUGUUACCUUCAUAAAAUCCGUUCUUGACGACGCAAGACAUCUUUGGCUGUGAAAAAUGUGACAUAACUUUCGUAUUCAGAGCGCGCGAUUCUCGAAAAUUAGAGCAUACUUGACGUAUUCAUUAGUAUUCGAAAACGUUCACGUCAGAAGUGGCGUCGUGCAUCUCUUGUUUCAGUCGCAAACUCUCGAACAACUGAGAGUAUUCGAAAAUGUUCGAGUCAUAAAUGAUCGCUAUAUCUUCGAAGAACAUCUAAUACAACAUUAAUCUACCAAAACGUGGCCCGUAUGAUUUAUCGAACACUUCGAGUCAUUCACGAGUAUUAAAUUUGAAUAUGGAAAAACAGGCGGGAUUCCUAUAGAAUAUUGUUCUGCUCAUUAAACCUUUUGUUUGGGGACGUUCUUGUUGUGGUUGUGAUUUGCUUAACCUGCCCCUUUUAUUCCAUGUGGAAGGCGAAAGACACCGAAAACCAUCAUUUCAGUAACACGUUCCGUUCAGGACUCAGCCCCACCCGGCCCCAUCACCACCAACCACACCACCACCACCAAACUCCAACAGGGUUUGCCGGCAAAUUUUGACAAUUUGACGUCGACAAAUUUGGAAGCCAGACCACGUUAUUGUAAUCCAGGCCAAGGCAUUUUGCAACACAUUGACAAGAAUUGAGUUGAUUAAAGAUCAACCCUAU